AUGGACUCCGCUUCGGGGUCGUCUCGAUCAUCGCCGCGACGACGUGAGAAUCGCGGGUUUUUGCGCCUUCUCCGGCGAAAGACGCGAGCAUUCACGCUGGGGCCGCGUCUGCUUGGCACACGUGUGAAACAUCUGCUCCGUGACGAAUUGUACUUUGAUGUCAGUUUACACAGCGCCCCGUCGGUUGUUACGAAUGAAAUUGCCAGCCUUGAGCUCCUUGCGGCGUAUCACCGCUGGCUGCGCGGUGUACAGGCACUGCUUGCGGUUUUGGUGUUUAUUCUUUCGCUUCUCCCCUCCGCUGCGGUUGUGGAGUGGACAAUUCUUGCGGUGUCGGAGGCGGCCGUGCUUAUUAUAUUGAGGGUGUAUUCCAUCAAGGCGGAGUACACAGGGCUGACGAAUUUAUUGUACAAGGAUCGCCGUAACAUAUUCACAUCCCCGUUCUUGUUGCAAAUGUUGCUGGAAAUAAUAGUCUGGAAUAUUCAAACCCCGCCGUUGAUAUUCUUUUGGCGACCAUUCUUUGAGCUUUUAGACUAUUUUAUAUUUGUCCGCCUUUAUGCUGUUGCGAUUUACAUUCACAAUGCGGCUUACGUCUAUCGGUUUUUUUGUAGGGCCAUGACUGCGAUGACGGCGAUGCCUUUAACUACGUCAUUUACGGUGCGCACAGCUCUUGUGUACCGCAAAGCAAAGAUUGUGUCACUUGCAACACUGUUGUCGUGGGUCACUCUGUCCUUUAUGUACGCAAAGGCCGAACAUGUGCCCCUCCAUGACGGCUUUUGGUACGCCUUUCAGGCAAUUAGCACUGUCGGUUACGGAGACAUUACCCCAGCAACAACGGCAGGGAAACUUGUAGCGUUUAUCGCGUGGGUUAUUAGUUUUGUACUUAUCGCCUACCUGGUGGUCAUCUUCCACGGCUCCCUAACAAAGGAUGAGAAUGAGCAUAACAUGUAUAUGCUGAUGCGUUGUCAGAGACUUUCCCAUUUGUUGCGAGAGGACUCCGCGCGUGUUAUUCAAACAAUGUGGCGAUUUCAUCGUCUUAAAUCUCCAUUCUCAGAUGGAAAGAUGCAGUGCGUCAAAGCAUUGUUUUACUCAUGGGCUCUUACUAGAAAUAUCUCGCGGUUGCGUCGGGAACGGCAGGAGUGGACAGACGCGACGCAGCGGUUUCGUGCGAGCCGCGUCAGUCCUUCGAUUGGAUUCUUGGACCAAGGGCAUGAGGAGCACCUGCGUCAUCUUUUGCGGGCGGCGCAACAUGCUCAGCAGCAGGCUGAUGUGGAUGCCUUUUUUCGAAAAUGUGUUGAAUGCCGAGAGAGGAUGCCAACACGAGAAGAAGUGGAGCGAGCUGUCAUGAACAAUGUUUGGAGGGGCAGCUUAUAUUCAACGGAUAUGGUGGGUGUUUGUGGUGCCACGACUGCUCAUGUCGAUGUGACAAAUCUCUUGGAAAAAGUGGAGACGCUAGAAAACACAUGUAGUCGCCUCACUGCAUUGAUGGAAUCUCUGGCGGCGACGGCCCCAACAAACCCUCCCAGUCUCGCCCAUUCAUGCUCUUGA